CCGAAGAUGCACAGAGCGUCCUGUCGAGAGCCAGCCACGUCCUGCAAGGCGCCCCCCUGCUGGUCCGGCCCAUGGCCCCCCGGGACUGCAGCAGGGCGCUCCUCCGGGGAGUGGCUCCGCAGACCAGCUCGGCCCUGCUGGAGAGCUACAUGGAGCACGUGCUGGGCGCCGAGGCCGGCAGCUUCUCCGUCCUCCGAGGCCGCGCGCGGGAUCUCGCCCUGGUGCAGCUGCGGCGGCCGCUCAGCGAGGCAGAGUUCGCGGCCGUGGCGGAGCAGGUGCAGCACCGGGCACUGGACGGGGCCAGCGUCGAGCUCGACUGGGUGGAGCAGACGGACAGUGUGCUGGUCCAGGGCGGCGCCGGCGGGCAGCUGAGCCAGGACCUGCUGGAGCUCUACUUCGAGAGCCGGCGCGGGGGCGGGGGCCGAGUGCGGGCCGUCCGGCUGCUCUCCGGGGGCACGACAGCUGUGGUCACCUUCGAAGACAGCGCAGCGGUGGAGCAGGUGCUGCAGAGGCCCCACCAGCUUCUGGACGGACCCCUGGCCGUCUCCCCUUACUAUGACUUCCUGGAGCCUGCAGAGGAGGUCGAGGCUGGAGGAAACACCCCUGCGGAGGACGGGGCGGACUCCCCGAUCUGCAUCCCCGCCCUGCCGGCGACCACACAGCGGCUGCUGCAGUCGGAGCUGGUCCUGCAGGAGCUGGCUGCUGCCGUGCCGGGAUGCACGGUGCAGCGGGAAGGAACCGGCCUGCGCCUCUCGAGCGGAGAAGCGGCUCGCCGGCAGGAGCUGCAGGAGCACGUCCUGGCCGCCUUGCAGGGGGUGGUCCAGGAGCACAAGCCCCUCUCCUCCUGGGCCCUGGCCUUCCUGCAGCAGGAGGAGGUCCAGGGGCGGCUGGCGGAGCUGCUGGCCACAGAGGGGGUGGCCGCCUGCUACGUCCCUGCCGCAGACGAGGUGCUGGUGGCUGCCCUGCAGCCCUCGGCCGCCCACCGGGCCGCGGCUCUCCUGGACACGUUCCUGUGCCCGCUCGCCCUGCCUCUGUCAGAGCGGCAGCUGCCCGCCCUGGUCUCACCCCGCUGGGCCCGGCUGCAGGCGGAGCUGCCGUGCUGCCAGGUGCGCCUGGCGGAGGACGGGCAGGAGCUGGAGGGCCUCACCCUGCUUGGGCUGGAGCACGAGAACAUGGUGCGGCUGGAGGCCUUCCUGCAGGACUGCAUGCCGGAGGAGGUCGUGGUGCCCAUGGAGGCCAGCGCCCUCCGCUUCCUGCAGCUGUACCGCCACGAGGUGCUGGCCGGCAUCGCCGAUGUCUCCCUGCUGCCCCUGGAAGGAGCGGACAUCACUGGCUUCCGGCUGAGCGGCGAAGCCCGGGCCUGCCAGGCGGCGGCGGAGCUGCUGCAGAGCCUCCUCUGCGCCCUGCGCACCGAGACGGUGGCGCUGGAGCUGCCGGGCGUCAGGCGCUUCCUGCGGGACGAGCGCGGCCAGGCCCUGGUGCGCAAGCUGGAGAAGCGCUUCCGCGGUGUCGUUGGGCUGGAGCGAGUCGACUGGCGCCCGCCGGAGGCCCAGCACCCGCUGGAAAGGUCUCAGGAUCCGCUCUUCCUGAACUGCCAACGGGAUUCUCUGCCUGGGCUGGGGCAGCCGUGCGGCUCUGGUGGUGGGGCCGACGGAGGAAGCACAGCAAACAUGGAGGUGAUCAGGGGCCUGCUGGCCGCCCUCCAGCCUCCUGGCAUGGCCACCGAUGGAGCCCCGCUGGGUCCCGAAGAGCCGGCCGCCAUGGAGGAAGACACCUUCCAUCUGGCUCCCGAACAAGCCGAGGCCGAGGGUGCUCUGGCCAGCGAGGAGGCGGCUGCGGGCUCCUUGGAGGGGGGGCUCCUGCCCCUCGCCGGCCCCGGGGCCAGCGCGUCGGAGGAGGAGGCGGCCCAGCUGCUGCUGGCCAUCCAGCAGUCCAUGGACAGCGCCUGGCAGGAGGAGGCGGAGCUGCAGAGGGCCAUAGAGCUCUCCCUGGGCUCCUGGAGCUGGGAGCAGCCGCCCGGUCUGGGCACGCCCCCCCCGGGCGCCUCUCCGGAGGCAGCCCAUGUCGCUCAGGUGGUGCUCUGCAUGAGUGCGGAGGACGGCACGGCGGCCCUGGCCCGGGAGCUGGAGCAGGCGCUGUCGGCACAGCUGCAGGAAGAGACCGUGCGCCACGAGGCCCUGAGCACACUGCCUGCCCCCUGCCAGGGCUACCUGGCCCACCUGGAGCGCAAGCACGCCGUGCGCAUCCUGCGGGCCGGAGCGGCAGCCACCGCGUGCGGCUUCCUGGACUACCCCAUGGCUGCCACCAGAGACCUGGCGCUGCUGCUGGCCCGCGUCCUGCCGGCCGAGGCCGCCCCCGCCCCCCAAGGCGGCGAGGGCCCCUCCUGGGUCCGCUGGGAGGCCGCGGGGCGGGACUCCCCCACCCCGUACUCCGCGCAGGCCAGCGCCCUCCUGGAGUGGGCAUGGCGCCGCGGGCACCGCCACCUGGACGUCGUCUUCGGCGAGCAGCUCUUCCACUUUGACCUUGAGCGCAUGGAGGAGCGCGACCUCGCCAACGCCCGGGCCCUGCCCAUCAGCCGCGCCAAGGCCCCCCCUGCCGCCCCCCCAGCCCCUGCUGACCCGCCAGCCCUGAGCGAGGAGGCGAAGCUGGUGCUGCUGACCGAGGACUCGGCGGAGUUCCAGGAGACCGUCCGCGACUUCUGCGCCACGUUGGAGCUGCUCCGCAGCAAGAUCAGCGUUGUCAAGGUGGAGAAGCUGCUGCACCCACUCCUCUACCAGCAGUACUGCUUGAAGAAGGCGGCCAUGGAGCAGGCCUGCCGGCAGCAGCAGCAGGUGGAGCGUGUCCUUUACCACGGCACCACCGAGCAGGCCAGCCGCGAGAUCUGCCAGCACGGCUUCAACCGCAGCUUCUGCGGCAGGAACGCCACGCGCUACGGCUGCGGCGUCUAUUUUGCCACGAGGUCCUUCCUGUCGGUGCACGAACAGUAUUCCCCCUGCAGCAGCGAUGGCAGCAAGUUUGUCUUCGUCGCCCGGACGCUGGUGGGGGACUACACGAGGGGCAGCCCGGGCAUGCGGGCGCCGCCGCUUCGUGACGGGGACACCGCGCCGCGGCGGUACGACAGCACCGUGGACAACCCGGACCACCCCUCCAUCUUCGUCAUCUUCAACGACACCCAGGCGUAUCCCCAGUACCUGCUCACCUGCCGCUGGUCCCAGCCGCAGUGAGGGGGCUGCAGAGGACUGGGCGCGUCUGCCCCCAUGGGGCCUGCCCGCUUCUUCCGGAGCUGCCCCGAUGGCUCUCUGGGCACCAGUGUCCUUCCGGCUGUGGGGUGAGAAAGGUGCUCCCGGCUGGCAGUGGGGCAGGCCCCUGGCCGUGCAGCCGGCCGGCUUGGCUGUGGCUCGCCGUGGGGCCGUGCGAAGGGAACGGGUCCCUCGGGGGCCGCAGACGGGCUGCCUAAGUGGCCCGCUCUUGGGGGGCGGCACAGUGGCACGGGGGGCGCAGUCUGCUGCUGUCAGCCACUUGGGCUCUGUUUGAAGUUGUUGCACUCAAUAAAAAGCCACACAGCU